AUGCCCAAACGGAAAGCUCCUCGUAAACUUUCUGGCUUACUAGGCUCAGACGACGAGGACAUUAUGCAAAGUGAAAUGGUAGAAGAACAAGAAACUCACGAGCCUCCCGCCAAAAGACGAAGAGGCAGACCGCGUACCUCGAACGAGCAUGUGACCGAAAACAAACCUACCAAACCUGCCACCCGAACAAGAAAGCAGCAAGCAGCUGUGGCUGUGGCUGAGCCAGAACCCCCUGCAGACAAAAAGCCCGCUCGCCGAGGACGACCCAGAGGAAGCAGUCGUGCAGCGCAAGAUGCGGAAAUGUCUGUCCAGGCAACUGAGGCGGAGGCUAUAGUGCCCGAACAAGACGAUGCAGACAACCAGGAGAAUGAAGACCCGCAUGUCUCAAAUACAAAAAAACAGCCGCCCAAGAACACGAAGCCUGCCCCAAUACGCGGUCGAGGACGACCCCGUGCAGUCAGUACACAGCUUCAGGCAGAUGGUGAAUUUGAGUUUACCCCAAGCGGCUCUCGACACGUUAGUGUUCAAGGAACUCACACAGAGCAAGGCGAGCCGACCCCUCUUAUUCGUGCAGCGAGCCAAGGAAGAAACGAACCGGAGGUCGAAGACUCUCAGCAGACCGAGCAACCCACAGCAGAGCUCAUAGAUGAGACCAUCAUUCGCAAGGAACCAGCCUAUAAUCGUAAAUCGAUGUCCCCUGUGAAGAACGCUCGCUCUCGGUUAUCCAUGUUACGCAACUCACAGGAUUCUUCUCGUAAACGCAAGCUUGGGGGCACCGAGUCUGAUCAGGGCGGAGAUCCAGAGCUGAGGCGCAGGCUAGGAGAAUUGACCAAGAAGCACGAUUCUUUGGAAAGCAAAUACCGCAAUCUACGGGAAAUUGGGAUUGUCGAAGCCAACACCAAUAUGGAGAAGCUGCGAAAGCAGACUGAGACUCUUACGAAAGCAUCGAAUGAAUUGGUUGCCUCGCUGAAGGCCGAAAUUGAUGCCCAGCGAAAGCUAGGACUACAGAGCCGUGGACUCCAGAAGCAACUCAAAGACCGUGAUGACGAACUAGCUCGACUCAAAUCUAGCGCCGAUGAGGCACAAGCACAGCUUGCGUCUGCCCAGUCCGAGGUCAAAGCUUUACAGACCAAGCUCGCUGCGGCACGGAACACAGCUGCCAUUCUCGAGGGGGCUGCGAAGGUCCCAGGCAGUGCCAUCAAGGGCAGCGCCGCUAACCGUGCUAAUGCAGUUGCCACCGCUGAAGCGGCGCAGGCUUCACAGCUCGCCCAAUUAAAAGAAGACUUAUAUAGCGAUUUAACAGGAUUGAUUGUUCGUGAUGUCAAGAACAGAGAGUCAGAUUACCUAUACGAUUGUAUCCAGACUGGAAUGAACGGAACUCUUCACUUUCAUCUCGUCGUGCCAAAGGUCUCCGCUGAUUACGACAACACUGAGUUCCAAUACCUGCCUCACUUGGACUCUAACCGCGAUCGCGACCUGGUCAACUUGCUACCAGACUUCUUGACUGUGGACAUCACCUUCGUCCGCGGACAAGCAGCCAAGUUCUAUACGCGCGUCAUUGAUGCUCUCACAAAGCGCCGGUCUCUUCCAGCGCAAUAG